AUGCCGCACCGUUCGCGAGAUCGUCAUCGCGGCUAUGAACCGGAGUCGGAGCGACCAAGACGCGUAGAGCGACGUCGAUAUCACGAUAGAGCCGAGCAUAGUUACGAUGACGAUGAUUUUGAUACGGAGGAGCAGCACGAUAGCGAACGCGACCGCCGUCAACGCCCUCGGCAGCGGUCACGACCACACCGGCGCUACGACCGCUAUGAUACUCCCGACGAAAACGAUUACCAUAAUGAUGAUGAUGAUGAUGAGGACAGUGAGAUAAUUGUCGUUGAUUCAAGGCCGAAUUUUGCCAGGCCACCGAAUGUGCGGCCCAGUCCCAGGAGGUCGACGCCGCCCCGACGUCAGGUUGACAGGGAGCGAUCGAGGAACCAGAAAGCGAAAGAGUCUCCUGCCACGUCACCGAUCAAGAAGAGGGAUCGGGAACGGGAUAGACGAGGCGACCGCAGGAGGAGAGACAGUACUGGAGAUGAGGCCAGACGGAGGGAGAGGCCGGUGCGCGAGAGGCAUGCCGAAAGGGAUAUCACAGAUGCGCGGGCGCGCAGCAAGGACGAGCAGAGACGGUCGAGAAAUCGCGAGAAGGAGAGGGAUAGGGAGCGAGAUCGAGAGCGUGAGCGGAUCAGGGAGAAGCACGCCAGCUCGGGGUCGGCGAACAGUGCGACGCAAUUGCUCAGUGCGGAUGCACUGUCGAAGUUGAACGCACACAAUGCCAAGAGAGAUGCCGCCGAAAGGCAGCGUGAGGCGAAGGAGGAAAAAGCUCGUUGGGAGAAGGAGAAGCGGCGGAGAAAGAAGGAGGAGAUUUUGGUGGAGAAAUCUCGCCGGCGAGAAGCGUCUAGGGACCGUGAUCGUGAUCGAGAUCGAGAUAGGGGCCAGAGAAGGAUGGUUUCCGGGGCCAUGAUGGAGGAAGGCCGCAGCCCUGAUCUGAGAGUACGCGGUGGUGGUGGCCAUGGCCGUCGGAAAUAUAAGGAUUGGUCGGAGUACGACGACGAUUAUGGGGACGACGAUGAUGGCGGCGGCGGCGGUAGAUCGUGCCUCAGCAAUUGGAGCAAGAGGAAGAAGAUUCUUGUUAUCCUUGGGAUACUUGCUCUGUUGCUGAUUAUUCUUAUUCCUGUUGGCGUGGUAGUUUCGAGAAAGAAGAACGAUGGUGAUGGCCCGGGCGGCAAGAAUGAUUCGAAGCCAACAAAUGAUAACCUCAAGGAUAUUGAUCGAAACAGUAUUCCAGAAAAUGCGAGAGGGACGUAUCUAGAUCCCUUUUCGUGGUAUGAUACCAAAGAUUUUAACGUGACAUACACUGAUGAGGCUGUUGGUGGCCUUCCAAUAAUGGGCCUGAAUUCUGCCUGGGACGAUUCUGCACAAGCUAAUGAAUUUGUUCCUCCCUUAAACAAGAAGUUUCCAUAUGGCAAGCAGCCGAUUCGCGGCGUUAACGUCGGAGGUUGGCUUUCUGUCGAGCCGUUCAUUACGCCAUCUUUCUUCAGCAAGUAUUCGGUACAAGACAACAUCGUCGAUGAAUACACCCUCACUAAGCGUCUGGGACCGAAUGCAAAAUCUACGCUCGAAAAGCAUUAUGCUACUUUCAUCACAGAACAGUCGUUUCGAGAAAUACGUGAUGCUGGGUUGGACCAUGUUCGAAUCCCAUUUUCGUAUUGGGCAAUCAAGAUUUUCGAUGAUGAUCCCUUUGUUCCGAACGUUGCUUGGAGAUAUCUGCUACGGGGGAUUGAAUAUUGCAGGAAAUAUGGCCUUCGUGUGAAGCUGGAUCUGCAUGGCGCCCCUGGGAGUCAGAACGGGUGGAACCACAGCGGGCGCCAAGGUCAAAUUCGCUGGCUAAAUGGGACAGAUGGAAGCAAGAAUGCCCAGCGCACUCUGGAUAUUCACGAUCAGCUUUCCAAAUUCUUCGCGCAGCCGCGGUAUGAGAACGUCAUUACGCUAUAUGGCCUUGUUAAUGAACCGCUGCUGUUAAAGUUGGAUAUUGAGCCUGUGCUUGAUUGGACUACGAAAGCGGCUGGCAUUGUCAAAAACAAUGGCAUGAAGGACCAAUAUGUUGUUUUUGGAGAUGGGUUUUUGAAACUAUCGAAGUGGAAAACGAUUCUUCAGAAUACGGGGUACAAUCUUCUUUUGGAUACACAUCAGUACACGAUCUUUAAUACGGAUUUGGUUGGCUUGAAGCAGAAGAAGAAACUUGAGUUUGUCUGUGACGGCUGGGUUGACUUAAUCAGUAAAAGCAACUCGAAAGAAGCUGGCUGGGGCCCGACUAUCUGCGGGGAAUGGUCACAAGCUGACACAGACUGCGCCAAAUUUCUGAACAACGUUGGUGUUGGCACACGCUGGACGGGAACUAUGGACAGCCCCACUGCCCGAGAACAGGUCUUCAGGCCUCUAUGCCCAACUGACCCCAAGUCAUGCAGCUGUGACAGAGCCAACUCUGAUCCGUCUAAGUACCCUGCUGCGUAUAAAAAGUUUUUGCAGACGUAUGCGGAAGCGCAGAUGUCUGCGUUUGAAAAGGGGUGGGGAUGGUUUUACUGGACUUGGGAAACCGAGUCCGCUGUACAAUGGAGCUGGAGAAGAGGUCGAGAGGCGGGCAUACUGCCGCAAAAAGCGUACCAGCCAGCAUUUAAGUGUGGAGAUGCUCUCCCUGAUCUCGGCGACUUGCCUGAGUCUUAG